AUGGCCGUCGCUGAGCUGCGCUUUGUGCUCCCCAGCCACGCCGACUUCUCGCCCGACGAGGGUCUCUUCCCCCGCGUGCGGUCGCUGGACCGGGCGAUAGACCGUCGAGACACCGGGUCCAGGGCACCGGAGGAUCUUCGCGAAACUCGCCGCGCUGCGAUGAAGCUGCUGACCUGGGCGGUGUUGGUGGCCCCGGCCUGGGGUGCCGAGGCGCCCUGCGCCAAGACAGGGGUGGCCUAUGAAGUCUCCGACCGGAUUUGGGACGGAUGGAUGAAAUACCAGGGCCACCCUGCUUGGGGUGCCUAUGUCCCCAACGAGGUGAGUGCUUGGCCUUUUGGGGAGCUCAGGAAUGCUGGCUACGUGGCGGACGCGCUGGCAUGCCAGCAGAGUUGCCAAACGUCUUUGACGUGCCAGUCCUACACCUGGAAAGGGGACUCCACUCCUAAAGGCGGCUGUUGGCACUUCACCGCCGUGGGCAAAGAGCUGAGUGCGCCUGGGGCCGUCAGUGGCCCUAAGACCUGCGCGCUGGAGGUGGCGUCCGCAGCGGCGUCCGCAGCAGGUGAGACGGGCGAAGCCAAGCUGAACAGCAUCUCCGAUGCGGUCACCGCUGGCGUGAACGGCGCCGUGGACAACAUGGCCAACGGUGCCAGUAGCGUGGCCCAGCAGGGCAGCGAUGCCGUGGCGGGCGUCGGCAGCGCGGUGAACAGCGCGGCCAACGGCGCGGCCGACGCCGCAGCGUCGGGGACGGAGAAAGUGGCCUCUGCCUUCACCUCCGCCAGCGACGCCGUCACCGGCGCCGCGGCCGGUGCCACCGCGGGCGUCUCCAACGGCGUGGCGGGCGUGGCCUCCGCCGCCGGCGACGUGGCGGCGGACCCCUUCGCGAUCCUGACGACCGGGGCGCCCGUGGCCAGCACGACCAAGUUUGACCGAAAAUCGGAUGCAAAGGCUUGGUGGUUCCCCGUGGCUCUGGUGGUGGUGGUGGCGCUGGCCUGCGGAGUGCGGAUCUGCGCCUUCUUCCUCUUCGGCAGCAACUACACGAAGAAAGAGAAAGAGAAGGAGCUGAACAAAAAGAAGAUCUCAAUGUCAGCGCAGGGAUGGGAAGCGAGCGAAACGCGGAAGAAGCAGCUGCAGAGCCAGAGCCGGGUCCCCGCCGGGAGUGCCAUGCCGGGCGUGUACAGCCAGCAGCUGCCUCCGGUCCUGAUGUCCGGAUCCUACCAGGUGCCGCAGGCUGGAAGCCCGCUGGGCUAUGUGAUGCCUCCCGUGACUGUUGGAGGUGGCAGCCCCAUGGCCAGCUAUGGCCAGGUCCCUGUGACUGGCCAGCCCCAGUACUACGUGCAGCAAUAA